AACGGAAGCAGAGACUAACCCACUGCGCAUGCGUAAACCACGUACUCCGAUCUCUCGUAGCAUCGCGCUGUUUUGGCCCUAUGCUAGCUGGUACCUGAUCAGUGGUGUGUGUGUGUGUCAAGUCAUACAUACAUACUGGGCUUGAUUGGGAAGGCAUAGCGGUGGAGAAGAAGGGGGAAACCUUAAACGCCCCGCGACGAAAUGGCCGGGCAACAGUUUCAGUACGAUGACAGCGGCAAUACAUUUUUCUAUUUUCUAACGUCCUUCGUUGGACUCAUCGUCAUCCCAGCUACAUAUUACCUCUGGCCCCGAGAUCAGAAUGCUGAACAGCUGCGUCUGAAGAGCCUGCGGAAGGUCCAUGGACGGUGUCUGUGGUAUCGCCUCCGCUUGAUGAAGGCACAGCAGAGCAUCAUACCCACACUAAAGAAAGCAGCCCUAUUGUUUGGCUGGGCUGUGUUUUUGCUGCUGGCCUACAAAGUGUCCAAGCUGGACCGAGAGUACCAGGAAUAUAACCCUUACGAAGUCCUCGGCCUUGACCAGGGAGCGUCUGUAUCAGAGAUUAAGAAGCAGUAUCGGCUGCUGUCGCUGAAGUUCCAUCCUGAUAAAGGAGGAGACGAAGACUUGUUCAUGAGGAUCGCCAAAGCGCACUCCGCGCUGACCAAUGACGAGUCAAGACAGAACUGGGAGACCUACGGCAACCCAGAUGGUCCAAGAGCCACUAGUUUUGGCAUCGCUCUGCCUGCGUGGAUCGUAGACUCCAAGAACUCCAUGCUGGUAUUGCUGGUCUAUGGUCUAGCCUUCAUGGUCAUCCUGCCGGUUGUGGUGGGUACAUGGUGGUAUCGCUCUAUACGUUACAGUGGGGACCAGAUACUAAUCAACACAACACAACUCUUCAUGCACUUUAUGUAUAAGACUCCCAACAUGAACAUGAAACGGUUAUCCAUGGUGUUGACGGCUGCAUUUGAGUUUGACCCCCGCAGCAACAAAGAGGCCACCAUACGACCCACCGACAACAUCCAAGUACCACAGCUGAUCCGUGAGUUGGGGAACAUCAACGUGAAGAAGAAGGAACCUCCAUUCUGCUACCCCUACAGUCUUAAGGCCCGGGUUCUGGUGAUGGCUCACCUGGCACGCAUGGAGGUCUCGGACGACAUCGAAGAGGACCAGAGGUUUGUGGUGAGGAAGAGUCCAGCUCUGCUCCAGGAGAUGGUCAACGUGGGCUGUCAACUCACCAUGAUGGCCAACAGCCGAGGAGGGUUCCAUGCCCCCAGGCUGGUGUCGAUAGAGAACUGUAUGAAGCUGACCCAGAUGAUCGUCCAGGGUCUCCAAGAGUCCAAGUCUCCUCUGCUGCAGCUUCCUCACUUCGAAGAGGAGCACCUCCGUUACUGCGUCUCCAAGAAGUACAAGGUGCGUAGCCUGCAGGACCUGGUCAGCCUGAAGGACUCGGACCGUCGGAGCAUGCUCCGUUUCCUUGGCGAGGAGAAGUAUGACGAGGUUAUGGCCGUGCUCGCCAGCUUCCCGUCCAUCACCAUGGAUACCAAGCUGCAGGUCCUGGAUGAUGAAGACAGCAAUAACAUCACAGCUGGAUCUAUCGUCACGGUUACGGUCACCCUGACCAGGAAGAGGAUGGCGGAGGUGUUUGAGAAGGAGCAGAAUGUGACACCUUGUCUCGUAGUCGGAGAGGAAGCCAGUACAGAGGAUGCUGCCACGCAGGGAGACGUCAGUAAAACCAAAGCCAAGGUGUGGCAGAACAAGACGAAAGCAGCCAAGAAAACCAAGCAGUCAAAGAAGAAGAAACUCACCAAGAAGAAGCCCCUCCCGCUGCCAGCAGCCAAGGCCAAACAGGCCAAUGGGAGCGCGUCAGGAAGUGAGGUGGUUGCCGUGGCGAAGGAGGAUGAGGAGGACGGGUCAGACAAAGGCAGCGAAUCAGAGGAGGGCGAGGGUAACAAAGAUUCUCCGAGCGAGAGAGACGAGGAGAGCGACAAACAGAGCGACACGGAGCAGGAUGAGAUCGCCGGGGACGACGAGGAGGAGUGGGAGGCGUUGCAGCAGAGUAUCCAGCGGAGAGAGAGGGCCCUGUUGGAGACGAAGUCUAAGGUCACCCACCCUGUCUACAGCCUGUACUACCCAGAGGAGAAACACGAGUGGUGGUGGCUUUACAUUGCUGACCGCAAGGACCAGACUCUAGUCUCCAUGCCAUACCACGUCUGUACACUCAAAGACACAGAAGAGGUGGAACUGAAGUUCCCAGCUCCCUCUAAAACGGGGAACUUCCAGUACUCUGUUAUCCUCCGCUCAGAUUCUUACCUGGGUCUGGACCAGAUCAGACCACUCAAGCUGGAGGUGCAUGAGGCCAAGGCAGUACUGUGUUGUAACUGUGUUGUAACUGUGCCAGCUGGAGGUGCAUGAGGCCAAGGCAGUGCUGUGUUGUAACUGUGCUGUGUUGUAACUGUGCCAGCUGGAGGUGCAUGAGGCCAAGGCAGUGCUGUGUUGUAACUGUGUUGUAACUGUGCUGUGUUGUAACUGUGCCAGCUGGAGGUGCAUGAGGCCAAGGCAGUGCUGUGUUGUAACUGUGCUGUGUUGUAACUGUGCCAGCUGGAGGUGCAUGAGGCCAAGGCAGUGUUGUAACUGUGUUGUAACUGUGCUGUAACUGUGCCAGCUGGAGGUGCAUGAGGCCAAGGCAGUACUGUGUUGUAACUGUGUUGUAACUGUGCCAGCUGGAGGUGCAUGAGGCCAAGGCAGUGCUGUGUUGUAACUGUGCUGUGUUGUAACUGUGUUGUAACUGUGCUGUGUUGUAACUGUGCUGUGUUGUAACUGUGUUGUAACUGUGCUGUGUUGUAACUGUGUUGUAACUGUGUUGUAACUGUGCCAGCUGGAGGUGCAUGAGGCCAAGGCAGUACUGUGUUGUAACUGUGCUGUAACUGUGUUGUAACUGUGCCAGCUGGAGGUGCAUGAGGCCAAGGCAGUGUUGUGUUGUAACUGUGUUGUAACUGUGCUGUGCUGUAACUGUGCCAGCUGGAGGUGCAUGAGGCCAAGGCAGUGUUGUAACUGUGUUGUAACUGUGCUGUGUUGUAACUGUGCCAGCUGGAGGUGCAUGAGGCCAAGGCAGUGUUGUAACUGUGUUGUAACUGUGCUGUGUUGUAACUGUGCCAGCUGGAGGUGCAUGAGGCCAAGGCAGUGUUGUAACUGUGUUGUAACUGUGCUGUGCUGUAACUGUGCCAGCUGGAGGUGCAUGAGGCCAAGGCAGUGUUGUAACUGUGUUGUAACUGUGCUGUGUUGUAACUGUGCCAGCUGGAGGUGCAUGAGGCCAAGGCAGUGUUGUAACUGUGUUGUAACUGUGCUGUGUUGUAACUGUGCCAGCUGGAGGUGCAUGAGGCCAAGGCAGUGUUGUAACUGUGUUGUAACUGUGCUGUGUUGUAACUGUGCCAGCUGGAGGUGCAUGAGGCCAAGGCAGUGUUGUGUUGUAACUGUGUUGUAACUGUGUUGUAACUGUGUUGUAACUGUGCCAGCUGGAGGUGCAUGAGGCCAAGGCAGUGUUGUGUUGUAACUGUGUUGUAACUGUGCUGUGUUGUAACUGUGCCAGCUGGAGGUGCAUGAGGCCAAGGCAGUGUUGUGUUGUAACUGUGUUGUAACUGUGCUGUGUUGUAACUGUGCUGUGUUGUAACUGUGCUGUAACUGUGCCAGCUGGAGGUGCAUGAGGCCAAGGCAGUGUUGUAACUGUGCUGUGUUGUAACUGUGUUGUAACUGUGUUGUAACUGUGUUGUAACUGUGUUGUAACUGUGUUGUAACUGUGCUGUGUUGUAACUGUGCCAGCUGGAGGUGCAUGAGGCCAAGGCAGUGUUGUGUUGUAACUGUGUUGUAACUGUGCUGUGUUGUAACUGUGCUGUAACUGUGUUGUAACUGUGUUGUAACUGUGUUGUAACUGUGUUGUAACUGUGCUGUGUUGUAACUGUGCCAGCUGGAGGUGCAUGAGGCCAAGGCAGUGUUGUAACUGUGUUGUAACUGUGUUGUAACUGUGCUGUGUUGUAACUGUGUUGUAACUGUGUUGUAACUGUGCUGUGUUGUAACUGUGUUGUAACUGUGUUGUAACUGUGCCAGCUGGAGGUGCAUGAGGCCAAGGCAGUGCUGGA